GACAGACGCAGAGCAAAGAAGAAGAAGAGAGGGAGAGAGAGGAGAGGAGAGACUCAGGCUGUCAGGAGGAGAGAGACGUAAAGGCCCCGGGGGGGGUCAGAGCAGCAGGGCCGGGGAGACUAAGAAAAGAGAGGCAGAGAGUGACAGGCGGAGAGAGUUGCGUGCUGGAGAAGUGUAAGAAGGGACACCGGCGAAGAGAGGGAGGAGGAAGAGGGAGUGAACGAGGGAGAAUUUGAAUGUGUGAGACACGGACGUGGACUGAAACCAUCGUCGGCUCAUGGUCCUAGAGCGCAGACACAGGAGAGGAGGAACUGGAGGAGAAAUAGAGACACAGGGAGAAAGGGAGAACAGAAGGAAAGUGGAGAGCUGGUCAGCAGUUGUUCCUCUAGAUCAGACAAUGAUGGGGCUUUACUACCCAGCAAUGCUGCCGGGCUCUCAGGAUUCGACAGGAGGACAGGAGGGUCUGGUGGCCCCACCCUUCACAGCAUUCCCCCCUCCACCCCCACCUCAGAACGGGCUCCCAGGGACGGAGUUUGUCCCGGGGGCCAUGUUUGGUGCCGGGGGCCAAGGAACAGCAGAGGUAGGGGCUGGCGCUAAUGGAGCAACCACUGCAGCCACCACCAACAGCAGCAACAACGGAAAGGCGGACGAGGCAUCACAGGGCGAGGCGGGUGUACAGUGUGGCACGGGAGGCACAGGAGCAGGCGGCUCCACUGGUGACUCCUCGGAGGCCAAAGGGACCCCCAAACGCCUCCACGUCUCAAACAUCCCCUUCCGCUUCCGGGACCCAGAUCUCAGGCAGAUGUUUGGGCAAUACGGGAAGAUUCUGGAUGUAGAGAUAAUUUUCAAUGAGAGGGGUUCAAAGGGAUUUGGCUUUGUGACGUUUGAGACCAGCGCAGACGCAGAGAAAGCCAGGGAAAAGCUCCACGGCACAUUGGUGGAAGGUCGUAAGAUUGAGGUGAAUAACGCCACCGCCAGGGUGAUGACUAACAAGAAAAUGGUCAGCCCUUACCCUAACGGAGAGGCUCUCAGCACACUGCCUUACGCGGGGUGGAAACUGAGUCCGAUGGUGAGUGCCAUGUACGGACCCGAGCUGUACGCAGUCCCAGGGUUCCCCUACUCUUCAGCAGCAGCGGCAGCCACAACAGCAGCGGCAGCGUUCCGCGGCGCCCACCUUAGGGGCCGAGGUCGGCCCGUCUACAGCGCCGUACGGGCUGCCGUGCCUCAGCCCGCCAUCCCCGCGUACCCUGGACUAGUGUUUCAGGACUCAGUCCUUAGUCCCAGAUUGCCUCAGGUAGGGUCAACUCAACACCAAACCCACAGUGUGCCUUGUUUUACUCUACUACUUCCUCUGGCCUUAUGA